UUUAAACUUUAAUUCAUUCCUCGUCCGUUUUUUUUGUUAUUUAUAGCCACAAAAUUCCAGAACUCAUAAAAUCUGCAAAACCACAUUAAAGAAAGAAAAAAAGAAGAAGACACAGAGAACAUUCUUCCUUCUCUGAUAACAAACCUGGUCGUAUCCAAAAGAGAGUUUUCUUUUCUUCUCUGAUUGGUCUACAUAUAUCAGAGUUUUCUUCUUGAAGAAGAUAUGGUUUGUUUCUGUUUCUUGGUUGAUCAGACAAGGAAAGUGAAACGGAGCAAACCGGCGGCUGGAACUUGCUCACGGUGUGGCCAUUGUGCGAGCAUCGCCGACAUGAAGACUUCGACUAGAUUCUGUUUCAUUCCUAUUUAUUGGAGAUCUUGGAGAGCUGUUGUUUGCAGUUUCUGUGGCUCUGUUCUUAAGUCUUAUCGUUGAACCAGAUUUUCCAAAUUUAAUUAUCAACUCACUUGUUUUUUUCCUUAAUUUCUUUAAUUUAAAUGAUGAUCCUCUCUUAAUUAUUAGCAACAAAGAGUUAUAUAUAUUAUUAUAAAAUAAUAUGUAAUAGCGAUCAUAGGGUUUUGUUGAAUCUGCUUCGAUUCUAUCUACUUGCAAGAGGAUUUUAUUGUCAUGUUGAAUCCCUUCUAAUUAAACGGAAAUUAUAUGGUUCAGUGUUAGUGUAUAUAUAUAAUGUUGUUGUUGGUGUGAUCGGUGUGUUGAAGAUGUUAUCUAAUUUUUUUGACUAUUUGUCUAAAUCAAUAGAACAAGUUGAAACAUUUUUGUUUUAUUUGUUAAUUUUGAA